CAUAAAACGAAGAACUGUAAGUUAAUUUUUAUUGAACCUUAAAGUGAUAAACAUGGAUUCAAGAGUGCGGGCAAGUCCUGAGCAAUUGUCAACACUGCUUGAGUACAUGGAAAAUCAUGGUGACCUAGCUAGGCCUCUUGCUGGAGCUCAAGGUCGGUUAAGUUCAGACCGACAAUGGUCGGAACCUACAAAUAUUUUAAAUGCUGUUGGUGGUGGUGUCAACAAGACGAUAGACAAGUGGAAAAAAGAUAUAGCCUUUUAUAUUAAUGCUUGCGGGGUGGGAUAUACAAGUCUUUCUCACCGCCUCUGCCGCCAGCAUCAGAAACAUUUUGGAGAUCUUCGAGCCGCCAUCGUGGUCUCUUUUUGA